CGAGCCGCCAUAGGUUCUUCUCUACACUCUAGACUACUCCGCUCUUUUGCUUUAUGCCAGGUCGCACAACGAGCGCACCCUCUCACGUUCAUUGCUCUCGUAACGUUUACAAAGGACAAGUGAAAGGUCCGUGCUACUCUAUGCUACUCUACAACUUACUUUAGGAGUUUCCCCACGGCACCGCAAAGUGUUUCUCGGGACACGACUUGUGUAUGUCUGUUAGCCAGGAUGUUUCAUAGGAGUGAAAACCUAAAAUAUUUACUGAGCCUUGUCCCGGGUAAACGUCGUCUUGGGACGUACAGGUUCCUUCCUAUCUUCUUUUGCAUCGGAGGGGUCAUGGAGUGGAUCAUGAUCAACGUGAGGAUAGGAAGAGAGACUUUCUAUGAUGUCUACCGAAGAAAAAAAUCAGAACGGGAGUUCCAGCAGAAGAUAGCUGAUGGACUGAUAGCUGUCAAUGAUCCUGCAGCCAAGUGAACGAUGGUCGGAUUUGGUGUGGCCUUCACAUGUGUCGUCGAAGGACACAUUCUUGGACUCUCGCUCCCUUACUUGUUUCAAACAGGCUGGAGUAAACCUCAUACCAUGUUACUGGGUUACAACAACAACCGUGUCACAGUUAUGAGUCAAGAGUGAAAGUCUGAUGGAUAAAUCUCUUCCAACAUGCAGGUUUUAUUGUUUAUAUGGUCUUUGGUUUAAGAAACAUUAGCAACACAGCAGUGAUAAUAUGACUAGUGUGAGAUCAAGCCUGGAGAAAAAAAAAAUCACAACAGUGGUCUCAUUUGUUCAUGAUAACCAUACCCAGGUCUCAGUAUUGGUUUGGCUAUAAAUCUGUUGAUCUGUCAUGUUGAAAACAAUGCAUAGCACCUGCCAAGACAGAACAGUCUCAGCCAAAUUGUAAGUAAAGAAAAAAUACAAAAAGAACCUUUUUGUAUUUAUAGACAUCUUGGAUGAUUUUGCACAGAUGUUUCUCAUUACAUCUGUUCUAUAAUCAUAUGACUUCUGUCUAAUUAUAAAAAUAACUGUUCCGUUGUCCUGAAAUGUAUUGUGGAUUUAAGUGUAUAAAAUGUAACUUAAGAACUG